AUGCACUUAGCUUACUGCUGACCCUUUGAAGACCAAAUUUUGCAAAUAACCAAUUUAGUGACUGAAAUAUUGAUUUUCUUAAUAAUGAUCGCUACAUCGGCUUUUUUAUUUAAUUUUGAGCAAGAAGUUAUAGAAGCGAUUGAGGAUUCUAUUAUCAUAAUUGUUAUAGCUAUUAUAGCAAUCCAAACAAUUUCUUCAAUAAUUAUUUUUUCUAAAACUUUAUACCAAACUAUAAAAAGAAAGUUAGUGAAGUCAGGAAUUGUCAAAAAAAUCAAUAAUCCGUAAUAUAUACUUUGUGUGCUCUUUUUUAUUGAGAUUAGGAUUAGCCAUAUUGGUGACGCAGUCACCAAAGACCUCCUGUACAGAAGCUUCUACCAUUUUUCGACUCAGCCCAGUGGGUCUAUCCCUCUUGCGAGUGCCCUUCCGGUGCCUUCUGUCUCCUCCUUGCCUUGUGGCUUCAGUCUUGAAUUGGCGACUUAUGGAUUUCUGCUGUUUCGGGCGAUUGGAGUAGCUUAAUUCCAAGGAUCCUUGAAGUCUAUUGGGUAUCGAAGUGCCGUUUGUUUAUUUGAAAAUCUUUUAAAGUGCUGAGUUCUUCAAAAUGAGUAUAAUCGUAAUAGAAUAAUUAAAAUGUAA